GGCUCAGACAGGGAGAGGCGGGGCCACAGCGUCCUCGGGUUCCGUUUCUGAAGGGUGGAACGGAGAUCUAGCGACCGGGUCCCGGGACACCAAACCGAUCUGGCCGACGAGGUGCCCCACUGGAAGGCGUCUCCAGUGAUCCUCUCCGGGAUGGUGCGCCAGGGCCUCUGGCAGACAGGACUCUGACUCCAUGUGAGCAAAGCCACCCCCAGGGGACCCAUGUGCAUCAUCUUCUUUAAGUUUGAUCCUCGUCCUGUUUCCAAAAAUGCAUACAGGCUCAUCCUGGCAGCCAACAGGGAUGAAUUCUACCACAGACCAUCCAAGGCAGCAGACUUCUGGGGGAACAACAACGAAAUCCUCAGUGGACUUGACAUGGAAGCAGGCAAGGAAGGGGGCACUUGGCUGGGCAUCAGCACGAGAGGGAAGCUGGCGGCACUCACCAACUACCUGCAGCCUAGGCUAGACCGAGAAGCCAGGGGCCGAGGUGAACUCGUGGCCCAAUUUCUGACCACCGAUGUGGAUAGCUUGUCCUACCUGAAGAAGGUCUCCAAAGAGGGCCACCUAUAUAAUGGCUUCAACCUCAUAGCAGCGGAUUUGAGCACAGUGAAGGGAGAUGUGGUUUGCUACUAUGGAAACCGUGGGGAGCCAGAGCCUGUUGUCCUCACACCAGGAACCUACGGACUGAGCAAUGCACUUCUGGAGACACCGUGGAGGAAGCUGUGCUUUGGGAAGCAGCUUUUCCUGGAAGUAGUGGAGCAGAGUGAGGCAGUUCCCAAGGAUGCUCUUGUUGCCCAGCUCCUGGAUGUGCUUAACAAUGAAGAGGCGCAGUUGCCAGACCCAGCCAUCGAGUCCCAGGGCAGGGAGUAUGUGCAACCCAUUCUGAACAAGUAUGCAGCUGUGUGUGUUCGCUGCCCAGACUACGGCACCAGAACCAACACAGUCAUCCUCGUCGAUGCAGAUGGGCACGUGACCUUCACAGAGCGCAGCAUGCUGGAUAAGGAUCCCUUCUGCUGGGAGACCAGCACUCAUGAAUUUAGACUGCAGAGCUAACUCUCACCCCUGAGGAAUGCCCACCUCAAGGGCCCGUGCAAAUGGGAACCUCUUACAGGUGCACAUGACUCUGCCAGGGAUUUGUGUGUUCCUAUGUCCAUGGUGGAGUUUGCCCUUUUACCAGUGGAGGAUGACAGAGCUCUACAGCCACAUUUGGAAAGAGGCAAGAGUUAGACUGGAGUAAACCUUACUCUCAGGAGCAAAGCCUGGUUGAUGGUUUCAGUAGUUGUGUGUGUGUGUGUACAUUUUGAGGGAAGGUUAUGUGCACUGGAUGGCCCUGUGUGCUUGGAGGUACUGUGUGUGUGUGUCUGUGUGUGCAUGUAUUUGCAUGUGUGUGUGCAUGUCCUAGUACACAUGAUCUCGUGUGCUAGGACACUUGGCAAACCUGUGCCCAUCCAUUAGAAGCCAUGGGUGCUGGGUAGGCCAUUUCAAGAAGAGAACACAAUCAGUUCUUGUCAUUUCUCUUCUCGAGGAAUCAACUUUUAUUGGAAUCUGUACUUGAAUGUGAGAAGCUGAUAAUAAAACUCCAAGGUUGUGGUGCAUCAGUAA